UCUUUCUACACUUUGGAAUUGGAUGAGUGUUGCAGGUUUGAACACCUGUUAAAAGCGAUAAGGCCCUUCCCAAUCCGAACGCCACUCCAACUCCAAGGAUCUUCCGCUAUAUAUAUCCCCCCCUCAUCCCGGGGGUCAACUCUUUCUUGGAAACCCUAGAAAUCCACAGCCCACGUUCCGCAAUCCAAACACCCUGUUCCUCCUUCCUGCUUACGGUCCCAUCCCCCACAAGAAGGAUCUGCAAGAUACCGAGCGCGAGAUCGGUAGUUCUGGCCGUCGACGAUGGAUCUCUGUGACGUCCGCAGCCGCCACCGACUCCGGUCGGCUCUUGAUUCGUUCACGAUCGCCUGCGAAGCCUUCUCCGAACACCUCCGCUCGAUCCCGUCGCCUCAGGUUUCCCGUAGAUCCGAGCUCGAGGUUUCUUGAUCUCGCUGUCCCUUUUCGCGCCCUCUCUCUCUGUCUGUCUCUCUCUCUCCCUUGCCUUCUUUUUUCGUCUCUCUUCCCUUUCGACGUUGUGCGCGCGACCGCGCUUGAUUCUUUGAUUGAUGGAGGCCGAGGACGGUGAAUUCGUGGAGAAAGACCCGUCUGGGAGGUACGGUAGGUACGACGAGGUCUUGGGCGAGGGCGCCUUCAAGACUGUCUACAAGGCGUUUGAUGAAAUUCAGGGGAUCGAAGUCGCUUGGAACCGGGUCGAUGUCGACCACUUCUCGGAGUCGCCGGCCCUCAUCCGGAGGCUCUACGAGGAGGUCAACGUGCUCAAGUCGGUUAAGCACGGGAACAUCAUCAGGUUCUAUAAUUCCUGGGUCGAUGAGGAGAAGAAGACCAUCAACAUCAUCACCGAGCUUUUCACUUCUGGGAAUCUGAGGCAGUACCGGAAGAAGCACAAGCAUGUGGACAUGAAGGCGAUCAAGAACUGGGGGAGGCAGAUCCUUCAGGGGAUACACUAUUUGCACAGUCACGAUCCGCCGAUCAUUCACAGGGAUCUGAAGUGCGAUAAUAUUUUUGUGAAUGGGUAUGAUGGGCAUGUCAAGAUUGGUGAUCUGGGAUUGGCCAUUGUGAUGCAACAGCCGACCGCACACAGCGUGAUUGGGACUCCUGAAUUCAUGGCUCCCGAGCUUUACGAGGAGGACUACAACGAGCUUGUCGACAUCUACUCUUUUGGGAUGUGUAUGCUGGAGAUGAUUACUCUAGAAUGCCCUUAUGGAGAAUGCAAGAAUUCUGCGCAGAUUUACAAGAAGGUCCUCUCUGGGGUCAAACCCAUCUCGCUUGGGAAGGUGAAGGACCCUGAUGCUAAGCAGUUCAUUGAGAAGUGUCUUUUGCCUGCGGCUUCGAGGCCGUCUGCGGUGGAGCUUUUGACAGAUCCCUUCCUUGCAAUUGUUGGAUCGAAAGCUUCGAAGCCAGAAACAGCUCCAAAAAGCUUAUGUCCAUCCAACGAGGGUGGAAGAGGAACUGCUCCAAGCUCAGGUUUUGAGUUGCGGAUUUCCAUGGGGUGUAAUGAAUUUCGACUAGCAGGGGAAAGGAGUGAUGAGACAUCAAUUUCGCUGACAUUGCACAUCGUGGGUCCUGAGGGCAAAGCCAACAAAAUACAGUUUGCAUUCUAUCUGGAUUCCGACACGGUGGUCUCAAUUGCUCAGGAGAUGAUGGAGCAGCUUGAUUUGUCAAAACACGAUGCUAACGUUGUGGCCGAGUUGAUGGACCGGUUGAUCGUGGAGAUGGUGCCCAGCUGGAAAGCUUGUGUCCGUGACCUGCCUCAAGAAGCUUGUGUCCGUGACCUGCCUCAAGAACAAGUGCCUCAGCCGUUGCCUGCCGUGAACUCACAGAUCUAUAAGUGUUCGUUCGAUCUGUUGUCCCUUAGGGAAGAGAUAGUAGAAAAUAAUAGGAAGAAGUGGAUGGGAAAGAAGGGGAUACCAGUUAUCUGAUGUACCUUUUCAUUCCUUUCUUGUUUUUGCAAUGCUGUAGUUACCAUCAUCUUUGGAUGAUUUGUUGAUUCAGUCAAAUACGAGGUUUCUUCA